AACGAGACAGCCAAUGCAGAAGAAAGCAGUUCUCCCGCAGGGACCCCUGAGAACCCAGCCCCUGGUAUGGGACCGGAAGCAGGCCGGGGGCGGAUCUUCCUGACGGAAGUGGUCAAGCGGAAGUUGCUGUGGGUUGGCCGCCUAGGUGAUAGAUGUGCGGGCCAUCUGAAGCGAGGAACCGAAGCGACUGUUAGACAUUCCAGGGCAGUUUGAGAGCUGGACACUGCGCUGCUGUGGUGCCGUCAGAUCAUGAGCCCGACCACACACUGGGGAGAGAAGUUCCUGAAUCUGCGGGUGCCCCCCGCCGGGGUAUUUGUUGUGGCUUUCCUUGCCCGAGUGGCCCUGGUUUUCUAUGGGGUCUUCCAGGACCGGACCUUGCUAGUGAGGUAUACAGACAUCGACUACCAGGUCUUCACGGACGCCGCGCGUUUCGUCACGGAGGGGCGCUCCCCUUACCUCAGGGCGACAUACCGAUACACUCCCCUGUUGGGGUGGCUACUCACUCCCAACAUCUAUCUCAAUGAACUGUUUGGAAAGUUUCUCUUCAUCAGCUUCGACCUCUUCACCGCCUUCCUCCUAUACCAGCUACUGCUUCUUAAGGGGCUGGGUCGCCGCCAGGCUUGCGGGUACUGUGUCUUUUGGCUUCUUAAUCCCCUACCUAUGGCGGUGUCCAGCCGAGGCAAUGCGGACUCGAUUGUCGCCUCCCUGGUGCUUAUGACCCUGUACCUAAUAGAAAAAAGACUCGUCGCGUGUGCCGCUGUAUUCUAUGGUUUCGCAGUGCACCUGAAGAUGUAUCCGGUGACCUAUAUCCUUCCCAUUGCCCUCCACUUGCUUCCGGAACGCGACAGUGACGAAGGCCUCCGUCAAUCCCGAUAUUCUUUCCAGGCUCGUUUGUACGAAUUCCUGAAAAGGUUGUGUCAUCGGGCUGUGCUGCUCUUCGUAGCAGUUGCUGGACUCACGUUUUUUGCCCUGAGCUUCGGUUUUUAUUACAGAUAUGGUUGGGAAUUUUUGGAGCACACCUACCUUUAUCACCUGACCAGGCGAGAUAUCCGACACAACUUCUCUCCAUACUUCUACAUGUUGUAUUUGACCGCAGAGAGCAAGUGGAGUUUUUCCCUGGGAAUUGCCGCAUUCCUGCCGCAGUUCAUCUUACUUUCAGCAGUGUCUUUCGCAUAUUACAGAGACCUUGUCUUUUGUUGUUUUCUUCAUACGUCAAUUUUUGUGACAUUUAACAAAGUCUGCACCUCCCAGUACUUUCUUUGGUACCUCUGCCUCCUGCCCCUUGUGAUGCCACUAGUGAGAAUACCUUGGAGAAGAGCUGUGGUUCUCCUGAUGUUAUGGUUCAUCGGGCAGGCCUUAUGGCUGGCUCCUGCUUAUGUUCUUGAGUUUCAAGGAAAGAACACCUUUCUGUUUAUCUGGUUAGCCGGUUUGUUCUUCCUCCUUAUCAACUGUUCCAUCCUCAUUCAAAUCAUUUCCCAUUACAAGGAGGAACCCCUGACAGACAGAACCAAAUAUGACUGAUAUGCUCCAAUCCUUCUGUGACUUGGAUUCUGAUUGUCCUGAAUGGAUCAGAGAGAGCUUUGGAGAAAUGUGUUUUUUGAACAUCCUAAGCACUCUAGUGAAAGUCCAGUUUGGAGCAUAAAACUAUUCCAACAAAUUUUAAUGAAUGUUUGCCUUACUUAUAGAGGGAGCUCAAUAAUUGAGUUUCACCCUUUGGGAAAUCUCAGGACUCAUUCAUCUGGGACAUGAUGGGAAGUAAAGAUUACUUGUUUGAAAAUGGAAGGGCUAAUGAAAUAAUCAGAUGCUAAAAGGUUUUUGUAGAAAGGAUAGGGGAAUACAGUCAAGAGAUGAAAUCUAAGCCAGUAUUUGUUACAGUUAUACUGUGGUACUGUCUGAAACUGUCUUUUAUCCCACACUUUUUUGUUCUAAGGCUUUCCUGAUAACUGUGAAAACUCAAAAUGUUCCUAAAGUACAGCUUUUAGAUAUAAAGUGUUAAGUAAUACUACUGAGGUUGGGAAAGUUAAUUCUGUAUUAAAAGUGGGGGCUUAGAAGAUAAAGAAUCCAAAGAAAAUAAAUUAUAGUCAGGUUUCAUGUA